AUGAUUAGCAAAGAUACUAAGGGUAAUCGUCGUGAAAACUUGGAAAGAUAUUUGAAUUGGUUACAAGAAAAUGGAGCAAAAUUUGAAGGAAUUGAAAUAAGUGAUUUUGAAGGCUAUGAACUUGGCUUAAAAGCACAGCGAGAUUUCUCUGAAGAUUCCUUACUUCUCACUGUUCCAAGUAAAGUUAUGAUGAGCGAAAAGGAUGCUCUGGACUCAGAAUUGGGUGCUUUUAUCAAUGUUGAUCCCAUUUUAAAAAAUAUGCCUAAUAUUACAUUGGCUCUGUUUUUACUUUUAGAAAAAAAUAAAGAAGAUUCCUUUUGGAAACCUUAUAUUGAUAUUCUCCCAGAUAAAUAUACAACUGUUUUGUAUUUUACACGAGAGGAAUUAGCUGUGCUUAAGCCAUCACCGGUUUUUGAUUCUUCAUUAAAACUUUACCGCAGUAUAGCACGACAGUAUGCUUAUUUUUAUAAUAAAAUUCACAAUAUGGAUAUACCUGCACUGAAAAAUUUACAAGAGAUAUUUACUUUCAACAACUACAGG